AGUGGCGGUGAAAGCGAAAGUCGGGGGCAUUAGUGAGACAGCAGCGGGACGUGUUGCAGUGAAGAUGAACCUUCCCGGCCGCGGUGAAGCCUACCCGGCGAACAUGUUUUAAGUCUCCUCAGAGCUGUCAGAUGGAUCUGUUUUCCCCAUUAAUCUCUGUCUGCGCUAUCAUGAUCAGUCUGCUCGGAGCUGCGCGUCUUUCCAAUGGCGACCAAAACAAUUGUCAGUGUCCAGAAAUCCCUCUCAUAGAUCUGACAGAGCCACCAGGGACCUGCUUCCCAGUAAACAGCUCUUUUCGCUACAAAUGUAUAGAAGGAUACACGAGGGAGGCGGGAACAUCAAAUCUCAUCAGAUGCAAGCAAAGUGACAGUGGUCCUCUACAGUGGUUCCCGUCCCCAUCCACCCUCAAGUGUAUACCUGAUCCAAAGAGGACCACAACACAACAACCAACCAUCAUAAUAACAGAGGGUUAUACUGAUAUUCCCCUUGACUCCACCAGUACCACCACAGUCACAGCAGGGUCCACCAGCCAACGGACGACCCAGAGUGUAAGCCCCUCAGCUUCAGUGACUGCAGAGACAGACAGCACAGAACCAACCUCACCUGGUCUGUGGACCCCGUCAGAUCACUCACUAGCAGAGAAGGUAGAUGGUAGGACAGAGACCCAAACAACGCAGCAGACAUCAUCAACCUCAACCACCACUGAGCGUUUGAACAGUGAAAGCAAUCUUCGGAUAGCCCACAAGCUUGGCAGCACAACAACAGCGCUGAUCGGCUGUGCGUCAUUGGUAUUCGUCUGUGCUUUGAUCGGAGUCAGCUUCUUUUGUUACAGGAGGAGGUUAAAAAACGACAUCCCACCGCAGACAGCAGAAGAACGGAUACCCAUGAAUUGCGCUCCACCAGAGCAGGCGUCGUAGAGUUUGUUGACCUGCCGCUGACACACAGAGCAGCGACAGAGCCGUACCAGAGCUCGUGAGAUCAUCCCCAAGCACUGAAGAAAGGGACAAUCUGUUUGAUGUUCUAUGGGCAUUACCAGAAAGAAUAAUAGCUGGCUUGAUAUGGCAUUUGUUGUUUGCAUAUUCCCACAAGGAUGAACUCAUAACCCUUUACUAAGCUAAUCUCAACCAAAUGCGUGAAAUGCACAUAAGGAACUCUGAUUUUGAAGGGCCGUCGGUAGCGUAGUGGAAGGGGCAGCACCCCAUGUACAGAGAAGAUGGCUCACUGCAGCGGUCGCAGGUUCGACUCCGGCUUGCGACCAUUUCACUCUGUCCUGUACAUUAAAUGCAAAUUUUCAUUUUGAAGACCCUGUCAUCGUCUGGUGCUACAACAGGCAGUGCUUUUUUUUCUACCCUUGUAGGAUAUGUUUUUUUAUGUUUUUAUUGUCAUCAAAUCCUAUGAAAAUACCAAAAACCAACAAUGAAAUAAUCCUUCCAUUAACCGGCGAUUUCCAACAGUUUGUAUACAGUAGUCUAUUCUUCUUUCCAAGAGAAAUUGGGAAUAUUGUUGUCUUUUUUCCUUUUCAACCGAGCAUGCUAGCAAUUAGCUUGCUGUAGCUCCAUGUUAAGUGAAUAAAUGUGAUGUUUCACUUCUGAUUUAUUAAAAACUGUUCUGAGUGAAACAUGCUGCUCAAUUUAGCAGCAGACUUCAGUAAUAAUAAUAUAAAGUAGUAGUAAAAGAAAUUACUUUUGGCAUUCAUUUUUGAUAUGAUAUAUGGUAAAUGGUAAACCUGCAUUUGUAUAGCGCCUUUCUAGUCAUCCGACCACUCAAAGCGCUUUUUACACUAUGAGUCACAUUCACACACACACACACAUUCAUACACUGGUGGCCGAGGCUACCAUACAACAUGCCACCUGCUACUCAGUUCUCAGUUCUGGAACAGCCAUCGGGAGCAAUUUGGGGUUCAGUAUCUUGCUCACGGAUACUUUGACAUGCAGACUGGAGGAGCCCGGGAUCGAACCGCUGAUCUUUCGAUUGGUGGACGACCCACUCUACCUCUAAGCCACAGCCGCCCAUACAAAGGAAAUUCGGUAAAUCAGUAGCACAUUCUCAGCCCUAAUGACUAAAUACAUAUUUCAAGGUAUGUUGUAAUGUCGGUUGAGAAUGAAGUCAGACAGGGAUGUCAUGUACUGAUGUUGAGUGACGGACCUGUCAGUCUGUUAAAAAAUAAAUCAGUAUUUGCUAAACUGAAGGCAAAUUUCUUUCUAAAAGAACCAACAUUGGCGGUAAGCCACCAAGAGUAGCCACUGUGACCAACCACAGGCAGUCUCUGGGACUAACUAGCUUAUUGCUAUUUCCGCUAUUUCACACAGGAAGUUGCGCACAUAAUCAUUUCUACAGUUGUGCCCUCAGGAGUAAGGUGGAUAGUCCAAAUAGUGUAGUAUAGUACAGAACAAAAUACUGGCUUAAGAAGAACUGUCUCACCGUUGGGCUCUUUGUUGAUAUUGACUUACAGAUAUUGGAACAGAUGACCUACUCCACACGACCCCAAAAUUGUGUUGUGUUCUGCCAGUGAUACAGAUCUUUCAAAUAUUGCAAGGGUUUUGUUUCAUCAUUGGUGGUCACACAUCGAGUGGGUGUAUUGGUGUGGGAGCACUCUGCCAGAAAAUUUUAGCAUCAGAUAUUUAAUUUCGUGCAUUCUGAUAAAAUGUUCUCAUGCCUUUUCUGUACCAAUUUACAGUGUUAAUGUCUUCAAUUAUGUCAACAUGUAAGUCUGCAGCUUUCAUGUUUUUAUUGCAGGGGUGGGGG